AUGUUAAGAAUUGUAUGGAGGAAAACUAUUUUUCUUCAACAUCAUUUUAAAAGAAAGUCCUCUUUUGUGGCUAGUCAACUAGAUUUAAAAAAAUUGUCAACAAAACAUUUAGGUAGUUUUUCUUUUGAUAUUUUACGAUUAUGUGAACAGAAUAAAGAAUUAUAUGAAUCUUACAAAUGUAGAGUUAUGAAAGAUAUAGAUUUAUUAGAUGGGAAAGAUUGUUAUAGAAUCUUAAAAUCAUUAGAAAUAAAUAAUAAAAUAAAUGAAGAAGAGGAAUUAUUAAAAUAUAUUUUGAAACGAAUGUGUAUUGAAAGUUGUCGUUAUUCUAUAAAAGAAAUAUGUGAUAUAUGUUUUGUGUGUUCGAAAUUAAAUAUUAUAUAUAUACCAUUAUUUGCUUCUCUUUCUAUUGUAUUUAUGAAUAAGAUAAAUUUGGCUAGUCCAGAACAUUUAACUAUUAUGUGUUUAUGUUAUAGUAAAAUUCAAAUUAAAGAUGUAAAUUUAUUUAAUAGAAUAUCUGUUGCUGCUUUGAAUAUAUUAUAUAUGUACGAUGUAGAAAAUUUAAUCAACUUAUUAUUAUCAUAUAUAUAUUUAGAUAUACCUGUUGAUUUACUUUUACAUUCUUGUAUCCCUAUUUUUAUAAAGAAUGAAAAGAAAUUAGAUGCCAACAGUUUAACCAAACUAGCAUAUGUGUAUUCCAAUUAUAAGUAUAAAAGUCAGGAUAUAAAUUGCUUAUUAAAAAACAAAUUACCAUUAUAUAUAAGUUCAUUAAACAAUAUACAAUUGUCUGAAUUAAUUAUAUCAUUGGAUAGGUUACAUAUGAAACAUGUUCCCAUAUGUAAAUAUUAUACAAAUGUAAAUUUGAUAUGUUUAGAUUUUUCUCUGGCCAUAAAAGUUAUACAUGUGUUGUCACAAUUAGAAGAUAUUUGUUUGGAACUAAAAUAUGAUGAAAUAUUCUUGUGUAUUAAUAAUUUUCUAACAAUACAUGGAAAAUAUAUUAGAAGUGGAGAAAUUGAAACAUAUAAGUAUGAUGAAAUGUUACGAUUAUUAUAUAUGUCCUAUGGAUUUAGUGAGCAACCAAAAAAAGAUGUAAUGAUACAUAAUGUGUUUGGUGAUAAUGUGCAGAUGGACGUGAAUUACGAUUUGAAUAGAGAUUCUCCUAUAAAUGUAGGUUGCCAUCUUCCUAUUAACAAAUCAAAUGAUAAUAGCAUCCUUGCGAUAAACAACAACAAUAAUAAUUUUUCCUACCUUGAAGCUAAUACGGACAAUGUGUGGGAAGAAUAUUCUUCGUCUUCAUCAUUAAAAAUAAAAGAGUUAAAUAAUAAUGAAUAUGGUGUAUCCCCAUCUUGUGAUGAUAUAAAAAAUAUAUAUAGUUUGAAAAGAUAUUAUUUCUCAUAUAACACGAAAACAAAAUUAGAUAAAAGUUCAUUGUGUUAUUUAUAUACAGAUAUAUUUGAAUCUAUAUAUAAUAUAUUUAUGAAUAGUAAUAAUAAUAUAUAUGAGUAUGAUGAAAAGUUAAAGAUAUAUAUGAAUGAUAUAAGUAAAGAAAUUGUGUAUUUAAAAAAUAAUUUAAAUAUGAAUUGCUUAUCAAGAAUAUUUAGUACUAUAGGUAAGAUGCCCAUAAUAUGGAAUCUUACGUUUUUACCAUUCUACUUAAUAAAGGAUAACUUUUUUAUUUUUUAUAUAAAUGAUGAAAAACAUUUUUAUGAAGAAUUAUUAGAAAGAUAUUUUGAAAUAUAUUUCAAAUGUGACAAUGUAGAAUAUAAUACAAUGAUAUUAUAUAAUAUAAUUAAUUUAUUUUCCUUAAGUAAAUAUAAAAAGUAUUGUUUGGAGUUUGAAAAAUGUUUGGAACAUUAUUCUGCAACAUUGAGAAAAAAAGAUCUUGAGGAAGAAUACAUGACUGAAGAGUGUAUAAUAUAUAAUUAUAUAGAAUAUAAUUUUAAGCAUAUCAAUUUAUGGAGUAAGAGGAAGCACAAAGCAAAGGAUAAGAAUGAAACUAUAAAUAAUAAUAAUGAAAAUAAUAAUGAAAAUAAUAAUGAUAAUAAUAAUGAUCAUAAUAAUGAUCAUAAUAAUGAUCAUAAUAAUGAUAAUAAUAAUGAUAAUAAUAAUGAUAAUAAUAAUGAUAAUAAUAAUGAUAAUUUAUUUGAUCAUAGGGAAAAGGUGAUGUGGGAAAAUUGUUCUUCAUAUAAUUUGGAGAACAGGAUAAAUAUGAAUAAUAAAUUAUUGAUACUAGAAUUAUAUAAUAUAGUCCAUAAGUUUAAUAAAAAUAUAAAAAUUAAUCACAAGGAAGAAAUAUAUUUCAUACCGAUAGUUGAGUAUGAAAAUUAUAUAGCUUUUGUUUUUUUACAACCUGAAGAUUAUUAUUAUUCGUCGAGUGAAAAAAAUUAUCUUUGUAUAAUAGAAAAGAAAAUGGGUUAUCUAAACAUGAAAAGUUUGAAAAAUGGUAUAACUUGUAAAAAUAAGAAAGACACAAUAUGUGAUAAACAAGAUAUAUUACAAGAAGAUAUUACUCAUAAGGCUUCUCUUAUAUUAAUAAAUGAUGUUUUAUAUAAUCCAUAUAAAACAUUUUAUAAUGAUACAUUUUUUAUAAAAUCGAAUGUAUUAAUAAAAAUAAAUUUUUUAUUAAUAAAGGGUUAUAAUAUAAUUGCCAUACCUUUUUACACUUGGAGAAAUAUGUCUUACGAAGAGAAGGAGAAACAUGUAGAACUCUUACGUAAACAAAUAAUAAUUAGUUAA